AUGGGUCCUGGAAACACGGGGGGCAGGAAAGGCCUACGCUGGUGGCGACGUCGACAUCUCGUACCACUCCGUCUUGUCCGGAUAGUACGACAAUCCGAAAACCGGAUCCGGAACUGUCCUCGCAGGGCAUUCUUGUCAGCGAUCCAAGACGAGAUUCUCCACUUGACUUUCUUCUGCUCUAUGCCACUUGGGCCGAAUAAUAAAACCAAAGUUUGGUCCGCUAGUUCACUCCACUUAGACCAAAACUUUGUCGACUCCUGCUUGACCGCCCUCAACUGCGCCAAGGGGUGGGUGUCCAAGUUGACCCCCGUGCUUUCUCCAGCUCCGUCCAGUGCGCCCUAG